AUGUUCUCCUUUAUCAACCGAACAGUGUUCGAUAUACCAUUAACUUGGGAUCGAACUCGUUUUGAUGCUACACGUGCUAAAUAUCGACAAGCUCGAAAACUAAUUGAAAUCAGUAUUAAUGGUAGCAUAAAUGAGGCACAAUUAUUUUUCAUUACAACAUAUUUUCUUUUAGUACAAUAUGAGAAACAAUUAAAAGAUAUCCAUCUACAAAAUCUUGAUAUCGAAAAAACUAUAACUGAAACAAAUGAACAUUUACUUAAACAUGAAAAAAAAGUUCAUAUAUUUGAUAGGUUAACAGAAAUAGCUUCACAAUCGUUACCAAAUUAUUUUGAAAAACGCAUGGAAAAUAUUCGUACCAUUAUACAAGAACAUUGUAGUGUUAUUCAAAAAAUUCUUCAUGAAGAAAAUGAAUAUUGGAAAGAAAUUCAUUCUGCUAUUGACCAAAAUUUAAUUACUUCUCAUGAUAUUCAUCCAUGUAUACAACAUAUUCAAACAAUAAAUGAAGAACAAAAUACUUUAGAAUUGCCUAAUAAUCAACCACAAGUACUCAUCAAUAUUGAUCAUUCUUCAUCAACAGAAAAUCUCAUAUCAACUAAACAAGAACGUAUUAGUAUUGUUUCAAAUUCGAUUAAAUCUAAUCAAAUUCUUCCUUCUAUCAAUAAAACAUAUGUUAUUACAUCUGAAGAAACAACAAACAAUGAAACUAAUAGAUUGUUACCAAUUCAAACUUCUUCACAUAUACCUUCAACAGAAAUGCAUGCAUCCCCAAUGUAUUCUCAACCUAAUCUUCCAGCCAGACUUUGUUUUUCUCCAACAUUUAUUCAAGAUGAACCAUCUGAAUCAAUUAAAAAUGUACUUUCACCAUUUGAUCAGAAUCAAACUAUCAAUUUAGUCAAACCAAGAGUUAUACUUCAUCGAGUUAAUGAAACAUUUUUAUUGAAUCAUCUUAAAACACAAAAAACUAAUAAUAGUGAAAAUAAUAAUGCUUAUAUUCGACCAAAACUUACUGAUUCAAGUCAACAAGAAUCAAAUAUUGAUCAGCAAAAUUCUUUUACUUUUCCAGAACCAAUAUCUAGACUUCGAACACAUUCUACCAUAAAAAAUGCAUCAGAAUCAAUUGAUACAACACAAAAUAUAAAACAAACUCGAAAACGAAAACAAUCCGUAUCAGAAGAUAAUGAUACAAAAUCUAAUACGAUUGUUUUACGUAAAAGAAAACCCAUUUCAUUUGUUGAAAUGGAAGAAAAACAACCAAAAAGAAAAGUAGCUAAUAAACGAAAAACGAAAAAAACCAAUGGUAUAUUUCAUUUUCUACAACAAAUUCUAUUUGAACAUCAUUUUUAUUUAGAAAAUGAAAUACCAAUUCGAGAACCAUCACCUUUACCUAUCAUAGAUCGAACAAUACAUUAUAGUACUCGUUUCUCCACACGUUCUCAUCGAUUAAAUAAUUUUACAUUGCCUAUGACUAAUGUAGAAAGUGAAGACGAUGAUAAUAAUCAAUCGAAAUCUCGUUCUCAACAUCGGAAGAAGUUCACCAAACAAAAAUCGAACCAAUCAAAAAAAUCUUCUAAAUCAAUAAAAAAUAAAAAACGUUAA